AUGGCUGAGAAGGCUAUUCGUAUCAUCUUUUCACCGUAUCACGUCGGUUUACGCGACCAUCGGGUCGGCAACGGUCCCCAUCGCAUCCGGUCCACCGGCCUCGUGCAAGACCUACAGAGCUUGGGUGUCUCCAUCGAAUUUGUGGAGAUUGAGCCAGUGGACGACUAUGAAGGCGAAAUCGGGCGCAGUUUCGAGGUCAUGCGGCGCAUCUCUAAAGCCGUCAGCGAAGCGGUCGCGAAGAAAAGCUUCCCUUUGAUCCUGUCCGGGAACUGCAUGGCCAGUGCAGCGGUAGCCUGCGGGCUCAGGCUGCAGACCCAAGACCUGGCGUUUAUCUACUUCGACGCCCACGAUGAUCUGGACUCCCCGGACGUCAACGAGAACGGAUACCUCGAUGCCAUGGGCUUGUCCAUGCUGCGCGGCGAAAGCUGGAAGACGCUGAUGAGAUCGGUGCCUGGAUUCGAGCCGUUCGAUCUCAGCCGCUUCCUGUACUGUGGCCUGCGGGACCAGUCAAGUGUGCAGAGGCAACGUGUCAUCGACGCUGGCAUGCAUACUAUCUGGGGCGACACCGAGAAGCAUGUCGACUUCGCGGCGGAGCUCAAGACCGAACUGGAGCGGAGGUCGUACAAUCCUGCUUUGGUUCAUUUGGACCUCGACGUCCUGGACGAUUCAUAUGGGAAAGUCAAUGAUUACCCAUCGCCUGGCGGCUUGUUCGAGUCCGACUUGAUCUCCUGCAUGGAGAUGGUUCCUCGCUUGGCUACGCCGAAGUCGCUGACCGUGUGCUCCUUCGACCCGGAUGCUGGCGACGGGGUUAAAAUCGCCAGGAUCGCAGUGCGCGCUAUUACAACCUUUGUUAAAUCGCUACUGAGUGAAGGCGCGUUGUCUCAAUGCUUGGAGGCGUAA